CAUUUGCUUUUUGUACCCAACACGUUAUAAUUCUUUCUUUCUUGGCCCCCACUUCCCGUGUAGUCCCCACUCUCCAAAUAUAUAGCAAAGCCAGAGGACAGUACUUGCUUUGAUCGAACAAGAAGAUGAAGUCAGAGACUGUGACAUUACUCUUGGUAAAUCUAGCGAGCAUAAUGGAGAGAGCUGAUGAGAAGUUGCUGCCUGGGGUGUACAAGGAAGUAGGAGCAGCUCUCCACACUGACCCAACUGGUUUGGGCUCACUCACUUUUUUCCGAUCCAUAGUGCAGUCUUUGUGUUACCCACUUGCUGCUUACUUAGCUAGCAAUCACAACCGUGCCCAUGUCAUUGCUCUUGGUGCUUUCCUCUGGGCCGCAGCUACUUUCCUUGUUGCCAUCUCUUCCACCUUUUUCCAGGUUGCAGUCUCAAGAGGUUUAAAUGGAAUUGGACUUGCCAUUGUCAUACCUGCCAUUCAGUCUCUUGUUGCUGACUCAACUGAAGCUAGCAAUCGUGGUUUGGCUUUUGGAUUGUUACAACUAACAGGAAACCUUGGCUCCAUCUUUGGUGGGUUCUGUUCAGUACUUAUAGCCUCAAAAUCAGUAAUGGGCGUGGCUGGCUGGAGAAUUGCUUUCCAUAUGGUAGCAUUUAUAAGUGUCAUAGUUGGGAUAUUGGUCCGCCUCUUUGCGAAUGAUCCACGUUUUUCUAAGAGUGAUUGUGGUGCUAGAAAUCAAGUUAUUCAUAAACCCUUUUGGUCAAAUGUUAAAGAGCUGAUUCAGGAAGCAAAAUCGGUAAUAAGAAUCCCAUCUUUCCAGAUAAUUGUCGCACAAGGUGUCUCUGGUUCAAUCCCUGGAUCAGCCUUUUCAUUUGCCCCUAUGUGGUUGGAGCUUAUAGGUUUCUCCCAUGAAAAAACGGCAGUCCUUUGGACCAUACUAAUUAUUGGUGGUUCAUUUGGAUGUGUGUUUGGUGGAUGGAUGGGGGAUAACCUUGCAAAAUGCUUACCCAAUUCAGGAAGAAUUAUUCUGUCACAAAUAAGCUCAGCUUCGCUUGUUCCUACAGCUGCAUUUUUGCUGCUAGUAUUGCCCGAUGAUCCAUCCACUGCAUUUAUGCAUGGACUGUCCUUGUUCAUUCUGGGAUUUUUUGCAUCCUGGGAUGCUGCAGCAACUAACAAUCCAAUAUUUGCAGAAAUAGUCCCUGAGAAGUCCCGUACGAGCAUCUAUGCUUUGGAUCGAUCAUUUGAGACCAUACUAUCGUCAUUUGCUCCCACUGUAGUUGGGAUUUUGGCUCAGAACGUUUAUGGUUAUAAACCGAUUCCGAAAGGGUCAUCAACCUCUGCAGAGAUUGAAACAGAUAGACAGAAUGCUGCAUCACUUGCCAAGGCACUCUACACAGCAAUUGGCAUUCCAGCUGCAAUUUGUUGCUUCAUCUACUCCUUCCUCUACUGCACAUACCCAAGAGACCGUGAACAUGCAAGAAUGAUCUUAUUCACCAUGGAACUUAGUUAACGCCAAAAUAUUUCGCUGAAAAGUUUUCACCACAGAAUAAACUAUUUGUAAAUUUUUUUCAUGAUCACUGGCUAUUCUGCAUGAACUUCAGUGGCAAAUCAAGCCAUCCUCAUCACACUUCUAUUGCAUCUUUAAGUUGUCAAUAAGAAGAUUUAGAAAUCAAAUUGCUCUCCUCAGCAAGGAAAGCCUGUUGGUGAGUAACAAGGUUCUUUCACUUCCAUUUUCUCCUCUUUUUUUCUUGACUAAUCUCUUACCUAUGAAGCACUUGGAUAAUAUUUUGACCCAAAAUAAGGUCCAGUAGGGAUGUUUGACUUUUGAUAGAGUCGGCAAGACCAUGUUGGAGCAAAACUGCACUGCUACAUGUCCAAUGUCUACACAAAAACUGAAGCUGCAUGUACUAACAUAAACAAGCCAGAGUAUUCAAGAAACCACAAUUGGCAGGGAAUUUUUAUCAAUAUGAGUAGCCGCAAGAGUUUUCUUCUUGCCUCAAAAUGAUCAACCACAUUGACAUAAAUUAUAGCUAGAAAAACUAGCCCAUGGUUAUUACACAUGGAUCCCUCACACUC